AUUAAUCCAAUCCCACCACCACCACUUCAAAUCCAAUCCAAAUCCAGAUCAAAUCUCCACCGCAGCCACAAUCGCAAUGGCCUCCGCCUUGUUCUCCGCCCCAACCUUCCAAGGCCUCCGCCCACUGAACAAGGCCACCGACUCCUCCUCCUCCCUCCUCCUCUCCAAGCCCGCCUCCGCCGCCUUCCGCCGCAGCACCAUCGGCAAGCGCAGUGGCGCCGUGAAGGCGGAGCUGAAUCCGUCGCUGGUGAUAAGCCUGAGCACGGGGCUGUCGCUGUUCCUAGGCAGGUUCGUGUUCUUCAACUUCCAGAGGGAGAACGUGGCGAAGCAGGUGCCGGAGCAGAACGGGAUCUCGCACUUCGAGGCCGGCGACGUCCGCGCCAAGGAGUACGUCAGCCUCCUCAAAUCCAACGAUCCUGUCGGAUUCAACAUCGUCGACGUGCUCGCCUGGGGAUCCAUCGGCCACAUCGUCGCCUACUACGUUCUCGCCACCUCUAGCAAUGGCUACGACCCCAGCUUCUUCGGUUGAAAUUUCAAUUUGAAUUUCAAUUUCAAACCCUAGCUAUGUCUUCUGUAUUCUAGCACCUGUUGUUGUGUAUACAUUCUCAUUUACUUUUGCUCAA